AGGUGCAUACAGAAACUGCAUACAGAAACUGCGCACAUAUCAACUACCACCUAGGCUGCUAGGAACCCACGGCAGCGCGGUACCACUCAUUACCACUCAUUUAUCAAAAUAUCUCCGAACUGGGGAAGUACCUAGGGGUACUAUGACAUUGGCUGCUACGUCAAAGCUUGACAGCAAUACAUCAGCCCUUUUCUACGCAUACAUCAUAGUACUAUGUACUAGGCACUAAGGGUAGCCCUGGAGCUAUGCGUUUAUUGCUCGCAUGCUCUCAUCAAUGUUGCAGGAAGCUGUCAUUAAGUUGUACCCACGUACGCCCCGCGCCCGAUUUGGCUUGUCGAUGGUACGGUAUUCUCUCGUUUUCUUUUUCCAUCUGCGUCGUUUCAAAUACUGCUUUUCUUUAUGUGUGUACCAUGCAGCUUCUCAGCCUGCAUCUACGUUGCAUGUAUUGUAUGCACAUACACCCGUCCUUCUUUUUUUUAUCAAUAGUUUUUACCAUACCAUACCUAGCUCUUUUUUUCUCCCCUUGACCUACUCGGGGUGGGUCAUAGAUGGAUUGGAUGUCUAUCAUAUUGUCCACUUAUAUUUUUCUUCUUUUUUAUUUUACGGCUCACCGGCCCUCUCACCUUUGGGGUUAGUUAGCAUCGAUGUUACCCGAACGAACACCUGCACAGUACCCGGCUACAUCGUUUACCCCAGAGCUCCUUUCUCGUCUCGCAAAGUACGGAAGAUGGAGGUCGACGAUGGGUCUUUUUUUUCUUUCUCUUUCAGAUAGGGGGGUGAAAACGAGAAAAGAAAAACAAUCCUUUAAUCUAUCUCGAUAUGUUUGCUUGAUAAGUUUCCUACCUUGGCCCAUUGACCCUAGUAAGCAGUUGGCUCUGGUCGAGAAGGAAUCGGUAGGUAUGUGGUAGGUACGGUAUGCCUCGAUUGUAACUUAUAACGGCAACGAGAAUUGUGUCG